GGGAGGGUGGAGUAUUGGCUGGAGAGUUUGUGAAAAAGUUCUGAGACGAGCAGGAGGAAGUGGGGACCGACCAGUUGAGCUGCACCGGAGGCCGAGGAGCAAGGGGGGGGACGGGGGUCUUAAGUGGCCCCCGGGAAACUCCGGUGUCCUGGAAGGAGCCGAGCGCCUACAUGAAAGGAGGGACGUGGUUGGAAGGUCGCCCCUACCUGAGCCGGGAACUCCAGCUACUGGGUCCGCAGCACUUCCCCCGCGUGCUGGCUGGGUGGCCGCGUCUACGCACGACCCAUGAGGAUCCGGAUGGCCGUGAGGUGGACCUGGGCAGGCAAGAGCUGCCUGCUGCUGGCGUUUUUAACACUGGCUUAUAUCCUGGUGGAGUUCUCCGUCUCCACUUUGUAUGCCUCCCCAGGAGCCGGCCCUGCCAAGGAGCUGGGGCCAAGGCGGCGCUCGGACCUUGAGACGGGGGAAGAGGAUUUGUCUCAGCCUCUUUAUAUAAAGCCCCCUGCAGAUUCCCAUGCUCUUGGAGAAUGGGGGAGAGCGAGCAAACUGCAGCUCAAUGAGGGUGAACUGAAACAGCAAGAAGAACUCAUUGAGAGGUCGCUUCCCACCACCUCCGUUAUCAUCGCCUUCUACAACGAAGCCUGGUCCACUCUGCUUCGAACCAUUCACAGCGUUCUAGAAACGUCGCCCGCGGUACUCUUGAAGGAGAUCAUCUUGGUCGAUGACUUGAGUGACAGAGUUUAUUUGAAGUCGCAACUCGAAACUUACAUCAGUAAUCUCGAUAGAGUGCGCUUGAUUCGAACGAAUAAGAGAGAGGGGCUGGUCCGGGCCCGCCUCAUUGGGGCCACUUUUGCCACUGGGGAUGUCCUCACGUUCCUGGAUUGCCACUGUGAGUGUAACACUGGUUGGUUGGAGCCACUUUUAGAAAGAAUUAGUAACGAUGAAACAGCAAUCGUAUGCCCUGUUAUUGAUACUAUCGAUUGGAAUACUUUUGAAUUCUACAUGCAGACUGGGGAGCCCAUGAUUGGUGGGUUUGACUGGCGCCUAACAUUUCAGUGGCAUUCUGUCCCCAAACAUGAACGGGAUAGGCGAACAUCAAGAAUUGAUCCCAUUCGGUCACCCACCAUGGCAGGAGGCCUGUUUGCCGUGAGCAAGAAGUAUUUUCAGUACCUGGGAACCUACGACACGGGCAUGGAAGUAUGGGGAGGUGAAAACCUGGAGCUGUCUUUCAGGGUUUGGCAGUGCGGCGGCAAACUGGAGAUCCACCCAUGUUCUCAUGUGGGCCACGUGUUCCCCAAGCGGGCGCCAUAUGCUCGCCCCAAUUUCCUACAGAAUACGGCGAGGGCUGCCGAAGUCUGGAUGGACGAAUACAAAGAGCAUUUCUAUAAUCGAAACCCUCCAGCUCGGAAGGAGGCCUAUGGCGAUAUUUCUGAAAGGAAGCUGCUGAGGGAGCGGCUGAGAUGCCAGAGCUUCGACUGGUAUUUGAAAAAUGUGUUUUCUAACUUACACGUCCCUGAGGAUAGACCUGGCUGGCACGGAGCUAUUCGCAGCAUGGGCAUCUCUUCCGAGUGCUUAGACUAUAAUGCUCCCGACAGCAACCCGACAGGUGCUAACCUUUCCUUGUUUGGAUGCCACGGUCAAGGAGGCAAUCAAUUCUUUGAAUACACUUCCAACAAAGAAAUCCGAUUUAAUUCUGUGACUGAAUUAUGUGCGGAGGUCCCCGAACAAAAGACUCACGUAGGGAUGCAAAACUGUCCCAAGGAUGGUCUCCCUACUCCCGUCAACAUCAUUUGGCUUUUUAAAGAAGACGGCACGAUUUUUCACCCUCACACAGGACUGUGCCUUACUGCUUUCCGGACAGCUGAAGGCCGACCCAGUGUGCAGAUGAAAACAUGUAACGCCCUUGAUAAAAAUCAGCUCUGGCGUUUUGAGAAAUAGACAAUACCAGGAGAGCAUCUUCUGUUUGGUAGCUGACAGUAGCCUCUGGAAAGUCAGAGGGCCCAGUGAUGAUUGUAUUCUUCCUAGAAGUCACCCAGAAGCUGGCCCUGAGAACACUGGCAAGCCACGGUUCAUGUGGGUGCUCAGAGCAUCGCUGCUUAAUCUUUCAAAGUGCCUUCUUUCCUCGGGGCUUGUUCUAUUUAAAAAACUUUGUGGAUGUGGUCCCCUACUUCUCUUUAAAGAAGCUGCUGUGAAUUGAGAUGCACAAAACACUUAAGUGUGGGCUGUGGGUGUAGCUCAGCAGCGGGUGCAAGACCCUGCGUCAGACCCAUGGCGCCACAAAAUGCACACUUGAGUACAAGACUUAAUAUUAAAGAAUGUAAAAGCCCAAGCAAAAUGGGGUAUGAUUCAUGCUGAUUGGUAAAUUCAUUGCUUGUGUAAUUAAUGCUAUUACUGUUUUGAUUAUGUAGGGUUUGAAUUUCUUUUAGUCAGCACAUUAAGUUUGAGGUCUUUAGAAACAAAUUUGUCUUUGAUCAGAUAGAAGUAGAGGAAAUUUGGUCUUGAGAAAAAGGCCUGAGGUUGAUAUAUGUUUCAUUGGAAGAGGAGACAGUUCCAAAUGCAAGUUUGGAGGUUUUUUUUUUUUUGUUUUUUUUUUUUUUUUGACAGUUAUCUCAGAAACCUAGACUCUGGCCAAAUGAGAUGCUGGGGCAUUCACACAUUCCGUGCUUUGUAAGCGUGAGCUAUUGGAGUAAACUGACCUGUAUAUCGAUACCUCACAUGGCUGGCUCUGCAAGCCGUCCACUCUGUGAAUGGGUUUGUGCGUGCAGGGCAUCUUCUGACUGCCCUUCCUUAGGCUGUGAAUGGACCAGAGUGGGGCUUGUUCAGAAUACUGCGCCUCCCUUUGUUAGCGCCUAAUCACUUAAAUAGGACUGGGGCCUCUCUGCAGUUAACCCCAAAUGUGUUCCCUGAAAUGGGUGAAACUGAAAGUGGGCCCAGGCCUGCGGAGAGUGUUCGGCUCGCCUGAGUUCUUGCUCACCUGGAAAUCUGGAGGACUCCUCUCAAGAUCGCAAGGGAAGAAAGACUGUAUUGGUAGUUGUCGGUUGCUGCUUGCCAGCGCAUUGCCAACACCCAGCAGCCUGGCAGCUGUCACAGCAGAAGGAUGGCCUUGAGUCAUUCAUCUUGCAGGGGCCUCAGUUCUCUUGUCUGAAUAGCCCGAUUGGGUCUUGAGGGUCCCUUUCUAUAGGAAGGGUCAGUUAUACACCUUCCUGUCCCCUACUCACCCACUGUGAUUUCAAGGAACACUUUUGAGUCUUUGCUUUUAACAUAGGUGGAACUAAGCCGCUGAGCUGUGUUCAGUUUGGAAGACGGAGAAGCGGAUUUUAAGCUUCCAUGAGCCGAGCUCACCUGAAGUGUGUUUCUCAGUGCAUGGGAUGUUAGUUUUAUAGUCAUUUUAUUUUGACAGUUGUUGAACUGGUUUUGUUUUUUAAAAGUUUUAAACUUUCCAAGUAAUUCUUUCACUAAGAGUAUGGAUGUUUCCCAAACUAGGUGAUUUCAGAAGUAAAUACAUUUUAAGACAUUUUUCCCAAACUAAGUGAUUUCAGAAGUAAAUACAUUUUCAGACAUUUUUUUGGUCCCUUACUAUUGUUUUAUCCAGAAGUCACAGGCUAAAUUUGGGAGCGAGUCCCAGUUCCUUGACUGUGGUAUGAAAAAUGCGUGCUCCACAGUGAACCAAUCCUCAGGAACUCAUAAGAAGAUUGUUUUCAGUGUUCACUUGACAGUCUGGGUGGAGAAAGGGAGCCUUGUAAACCUUGAAUUGAUGCAAAUUGUUUAGGGUGACCAUGUCAGAAAUUAAAGUUUGUGUGUUCUUGUGA